GAUGUUGGUUUGGAACGAGAAUGAGGACAAAACUUUUCUUGAUGCGUGUAUCCAUGAACUAACCACUAAUGGUCGUGAGGGUUCCGGACUUAAGACAAGUUCAUGGAAGACAAUACGCGAAAAAUUGAUAAACGAACACGGUAAAGAGGUUGAUCAGAAGCAAAUGAGAAAUCACUUUGACUACUACAAAUCAAAGUAUGUUGCUUGGGUGAAACUCAAAAACAAAACCGACAAUAUAUAUGAUCCUAUAAAAAAUAAAUUUAAUUUGACCGAUGAACAAUGGAAAGAAGAGGGGAAGUUGAACAAGUUCGUGUUGUCAUUGAAAACUAAACCUUUGUUGUUCCCUGAUCUUUGCACCCAACUAUUCGAAGGGUCGACCUCAACCGGAUUUCAAAGUUGGGGGCCAUCUUCUACACUCCCUCGUCCAGUAGAAGAGUUUAGUGCCCAUGAUUUUGAUGAUGAUGUUCAAAUGGAAACCUCAACACAACACGUAGGUGCAAGUCAAGAAUCUUCAGGGCGUUCAAAAAAUAAGGAAGUUGGUGGAAAAAAAAAAAGAGUUGGUGGAAAAAAAAGAGACGCAAGGGCUUUAGAAGUUGAGGAUGAGAUUGUCAAGCUUGCAAGGUCAUUAGUGGAAAAAAACGAAAGAAUUGAAAAAGUGAAAUGGAUAAGGAUGUUGAUGCAUGUAUGGAGAAAUUGAACAAAAUGGAAUGGGGAGAAGAAGAUGAAAGACACAAAACCGCUCUUUUGUUAUUUGGUGAAAGUGCUGAUGUUAGGAAAGUUUGGUUACGACUUUCACAUACUAGUUGUGAGUCGUGGGUGAUGGGUGCGGGUAGGAAGUAUGGUUAUCUUUGAUGAUAUUUACUAGUUUUUUUGUUGCAUGACUUUUUGUUACUUGCAUGACAUUUAGAUGCUAUGUUUGCUGACUUUUUUGGAUGUUACUUUGGAUGAUGUGUACUAGUUUUUGUUAAUUUUGGAUCCUACGUUUGAUGACUUUUGUUACUUUGGAUGAUGUUUAGAUAUUGAAUAUGACUUUUGUUA